AUGGAUCCUUUUGUUUUUCAUGAUCCUUUUCAAAAAAUAACAUAAUAUUGUUUUGAUGGCAUUUGUCACCACGAAUUUGAAUUAGAAUUUUAUUAAGUUAGUUGCUUUUUCGAUAGAUUUCCAAACACUCUUUCAUACUUCAAUAUCAAUUUGGAAUAUUGUAACCACAUUGGAAUAAAUACACUUACUUUUAACUUAUACUUUGAUUUAGAAGAGGAUUCUUGUUUAAUAGUUCCAACAAUGAAAAGUAAGGCAUCAUUAAAAAAAGAUAUCUUUACACUAAACAAUAUAAAUAUUAAUGUAAAAACUUUGAAUCCGUUCUUUCUUGUAUUUAACAAUUUCAUAUUCUUUGAAGAUUAUGAUAAAGUGACUUUCAUUAAUUUUGGUUUUAUAUUUGAAGAAUAUUUGUAAACCAAUAUUAUUUUGUUGAAUAUUCAUAAUCAGGUUGAUUUAUCAUUGAUCAAUUGUACAAUAAUGAAUAGUAGCAUCAUUAAUGUUACAUCUCUAUUUUAUGCUGAAUAAUUUGGUUCAAUCUAUAUAUCAAACUUUUCAAUUAUAAAUACAACCAUUAAAAAUUCCUCAUUAUUUAAUUUAUAACUAUUAUAAUUACAAGGAUAAAUGACGAUUGAUUCCUUAUUUAUUGUAAAUUGUACAUUUAUAGAUUCCUAAUUUGUAUAAUUUUCAAAAAGCUUAUAAAAUAUUCAAAUUGUAAAUUUAACUUUAGAUUCAUGUGUAUUCUAAAAUGCAUCGCUUUUUACUUUUUAUUUAAAUUACAUAAAAGUAACAACAUUUGAGACGAAAAAUAUUUUAAUUAAAAAUAAUUAUUUUCGUCUUUCAUAUUUUAUAUUUUGUUCAUAAAUUAUUCAUAUAGUCUUAAAUAAUGUUAUAUUGGAUAUUAAUAGAAUUGAAAAAUCAAUAUUAUUUGGAUUUAGUUAUAGUUUAUCUGCUAAUUACAUUCAAAUUAAAGAAAACCUAUUUAUUGAAUCCCAAUUCUUAUAAACAAUUGAAGUAACAAAUGAUAAAAUCACUUAAUGUUCUAUAUAUGAACUUAUAGUAGAAAAAAAUGUACUUCAAAAUACUAAUCUAUUUCAUAUAUUUUCAAAUUCUUAUUCAAAUAAAUUGUUCAUUUCUAUUUCAUCUGUUCAAAUCAAAUAAAACAUUAGAUCAAUUAAUACAGAUUAAUCAAGUUAAAUAUUUAAUAUUAAUAGCAAAACAUUAAAUUUAAAUAAUUUUUUUAUUAGCGAUAACUAAGAAAUACGUAUUAUUAAUCUUUAUGAUAAUGAAGAUAUAAAACUCAACAAUUUUAUUUUUGAAAAUUAAAUAGUUCAUUAAAAGGUCUCUGUUUCAAAGAACUGUUUGCAGAUAUCAAAUCUCUAAAACUAAUUAAUUUUAAUAAAGGGUUUUGAUUAGAUUUAAAUAGAAAAAUGCAAAAUUAUAAAAUAAUCAAGUGUUGAUGAAUCACUAAUAGAAAUAGUUUCUAGUAAAUCAAAAUAAUAACUUGGUACAAUUGUCAUCAAAAAUAUUGAAUUUUAUGGAAAUCUUUUACAAUUAUUUAGUUAAGUCUAAUCUUUUUCAUUAUUAGCCAUUAUUUCAGAUAAAUAAAUUAAUGUUGUAAUGGAAAAUGUGAAAUAUUAAAAUAACUUUAUGCAUAUAUAUUCUGAAAGUGCUCUAAAGUAAUCAGCUACUUUAUUAUAUAUUACUUCAGCUCUAAGUUAUAUUUCAAUUAAUAAUUUAAAUUGUAUCUAAAAUUCAUUGACUAAUUCAUCUAAUUCUUUUAUAAGGAUUUCAUCUAAAUAGUUAAUAAUGAGCAAUAUAUUGAUCAAAAAUCAUAACAUUUUACCAUUUAAUAUUUGGAAAGAUUAUUAUCCUAUAAGUAUAGAGAAUGAAAAUGAUUAAGAAGAAAUUAAUCUCUUUAUAAUGUAGAUAUAUCAUAUUAAAGUAAUAGGAGGAGCAGCUUAAAUUGAAACUAGCAAAUUUUAAUGUUUAAAUUGUUCAUUUCAAGAAAUAUUAGUUGCAAAAAGUUCAGUUUUUGAUAUUGUUACUUCAAAUGAAGGAAUUAUUUUAAUUUAAAAUUUCUCAGUUAAUUCAACUACAUAUAGUUAGAUUGAAUAGGUUGAAAGUUCUGGAUGUUUAAGUUUGAAUUCUUAGAAUAGUUUAUUAACUCUAUCUAUAUCAUCUGCUAGAUUCUCAAAUGUAAUUAAUAGAAUGUCCACAUCCCUUUUCUCAAUAACUCCAUCAUUACUUCAAAAUUAUAUAAUUAUCGAAAAUGUAAAUAUUAUAAACUGUAUUUCAUUGAUGAAUUAGAUAAUUGAUAUUUAAUUUAUUAAUUAGAUUGUUGCUUUGAAUUAAAUUAAAUUCAUAAAUAUUAAGAUAAUAUAAGAUUAAUAAGCAUGGGUUACCUAUUUUUAAUAGAUAGGAAUAAUAAGUUCGUCUGAGAUAUUAGAAAUAACAGGAAAUAAUAAUGCUUUAAUAUAUUUUCAAAAUUGUGAUAUUUAAAUAAGAGAUUUAAUAGUUGAAGGAAUACUAAUUGCUCCUGUUCUGAAAUUAAUUAAUGUACAAAAUUUGUUGAUCUUUAAUUGUUAUAUUGAAAAUAUACUCAGUAUAACAUCAUAAGAUUUAAUUCAUAUUAGUUAAACCAUUCAAACUAAAUCUUUUAUUUAUUUAAAAUCAAUUAAUAUUAGAGAAGCACUUUUACUUACAUCAAAUUCUUUUCCAUAUGUUCGGUCUUCUAAGCUUAAUGCUGAUUAUUUUAUAGGUGGAUGUCUGAUUAUGAACAAUUCAUUUUUAAUUGAAUAACCAGAAGAUUAUCUUUCUAGCAAUAUCAUUUAGCUGUAAAAAUCAUAAUAGAUACAAAAUUCAAUCAUAUAUAUAAAAAGUUAAUCAAAUUUAAGUAAUAUUUUUUUAGAUAUGAUAAAAUUAGAGUAUAAUAAUUUUCAAACAAGUAUAAAUGGAAUUAUUUAUUUUGAUGUUGCAUCUUUUUAGAAAUUAAGAAUCUAGAAUUUAGAUUGUAAUAACAAUUUUAUAAAAGAAUAUGGAUGUCUUCAUUUCGUAGGCAAUAACUCAGUUAAUUCUAGAAUUUAAAUUAAGGAUUCAAAUUUUAUUAAUAAUAAGGGAACUAAAGGAGUUGCUAUUAAAGUUACUGAUAUAUCUUUAGAUUUAAAAAAUUGUAAAAUUACUUCCAAUUUUGCAAGUACUUAAGGUGGAGGUUUAUAUUUAAGAAUAACAUCAAAAUUAUUUAGAAUAAUAAAGACAUUGAUUAUAAAUAAUCAUGCAUAAGAAGGAGGAGGAAUUUAUUUUGAAAAAGAUCAUAAUUUGAAUACAGAGAACUUUUAUUAUUCUUAUUUAUUUUUCAAUUAAGCAUUAAAUUAUGGAAAUAAUCUUGUUGAAAAUCCAACUCAUUUAUCACUCUUUAUUAAUUCAAAAGAAAUGCCUGCUGAAAUAUAAUAGAAGGAUACUACAUCAAUAAGUGUUCUCAAUAUUAAACCUUAUAAAAUAAUUGAAUAAGGAAAAUAUAUUGAGACACAGCAACUCAUGAUUCCCAGUAAUCAAGAAAUCAAUGUCUAUUAAUUAUUUAUUUUAAAAAGAUCCUUAUAUAUAAGCUAUAUUCAAAAUAUGAGUCUACAGUUUAAAAACAGUAAAGGAGAAUUACUUUUUAAUUUAAUUAGCUCAACAUGUCAUGUAUCCAGUGUUUUGAUUAAUAAAGAUGGGGGAGAAGUUGUAGGAUUAACUAAAAAUCAUAUAUUAUCAUAUGAAUCUUUAAAUAAUAACUUUGAGUUAGGAGCUCUGGCUUUUAGCAUUGAUCCUUACGAAUUAAAUUAUAGUCAUUUAAAAAUUCAAGUCAACUGCAAAACUUCAUAUUCCUAAAAUGAAUUCACAUAUAUACUUAAUGCAAAAAGUCUUAAAUGUUAAUUAGGUGAAUUUUAUAUUGAGAAUGGUUGUUAAAUUUGCAGUUGGAGUUAAGGAUUUUAUAGUGUCACUUAUAAUGCAAUUAAAUGUUCCAUAUAUGAUAAAUAAAAAUUCUAAAAUAUAACAUCUAAUAUGAUUAAUUUAUAUGAGGGUUAUUGGAGACCUAACUAUUUAUCAGAUUAUACUGAAUCAUGUUAUAAAAAUCCAUAAUUUUGCUAAGGAGGUUGGGGUGUCGGAGAUAGUACAUGUAUAUUGGGACAUAAAGGUGCCUUAUGUGAAAUGUGUGAUGUUUAUAAUUAAAAAGGGGAUGGAAAGUUUUUUAAGGAAUAAUAGAACUUUUCAUGUUAAUCAUGUUCAAAAAAUGAUAACAUUGUCCUUCCUUUUUUAUUUGCAUUAUUUUAGUAUAUAAGAUUAUUAAUUUAUAGGUCUUUAUUAUCUAUAACCUUGUCCUUAAAAAGCAUCAAUAAAUCAAAUUAACUAUUUUCUUCACUAAAGAUAUUUUUUAGAUUGAGUAAAUUAAUAUUUAAAUUGAGUUAAGGUAAAAAUUUCUAUCAAUAAUUAGAUCAUGAAGGCAUAUUAGUAAAACUGUUAUUAAAUUAUUUAUGGAUAUUUUCUGUUAUUUUUACUUUCAAUAUUAAUUUUUCAUUCUCCUUUAUAUUUAUUGAGUAAUCUAGCAAUAGCUUUUAUUUUAUGGUCAAUAAUUUAGAUUGUUACUUAUCAGACUUAUAAACACAGUUAAUCUAUAUUAAAAUCUUUGUUAUUUUAAUAUUAAUGUUAUUAUAAUUCAACUUGAUACUAGCUCUAUCCCUUGUAUAUCAUAGUAUAACUAAAAAUAAUAUGGACAAUAGCUUACUCUCAAAUACUUUACUUUAUUUAUAUGUUUUUAAUUAUGGAGGAUUGAUUAAAAUGUAUUAUAUUGAAUUUAUAAUUAGGGUCUGUUCAUCCUUGUCAGGUAGAUAAAUAUCUAAUAUAAAUUAUAUAUAAGGAGAUGUAUCAUUAUUAUAUGAUACAAGGGAUCAUUAAUUGUGGAUAUAUUCUCUAAUUUUACCAUUGCUAGUAGUUUAUGGUUGCAUAAUACCUUUUUCUUUAUUUUUAUUAACUUAUUUUAAAAGAGAUAUUCUUGAUAAAAUUAAAUUUAGAAGACAUAUUUGUUAUUUAUUUAAUGAAUACACUGAUAACAAUUAUUAUUGGGAAUAGAUUAAAUUAUUAUAAAAAGCAAUAAUAAUUUUAAUAACAACUUACUUUGAAAAUAACAUUCUAUUAAAGACAUCAUUAUUAGGACUAUGUUUACUCUCUUAUUAAGCAAUAGCUGUUAAAAAUAAACCUUACAUUAUUUCAAAGUUUAACAAUUUAGAUUUGGCUUCAGGAUAAAUUUGCUCAAUUGCCAUAUUUCUAGCAGCAAUCAAAUAUGAAAGUUAAAACUUAAAUAAUUAAUUUUUUUCAGUAUUCCUAUAAAUAUUAAUACUUAUUAUAUUGAUAAGACUUUGUUAUCCAUUCAUUUUCAAUAUUGUUACUGUUUAUUAUCAAAAAUAUAGCUUUUUGAUUUUAACAAAGAUUCAUUAAAGUUUCAAAUCCUUAAAUCUAAAUAAAUAAUGCAUUACAAUUCUUGGAAAUUAUCUAAUUAAAGAGAAUGAAAGAAAAUAGAAAUUGAAAAGAAAUUUCCAAAAACUUAAAGAAUAUUUGAUAUCUAAAUCUAGAUCUAAAAUUCAGUCAUCAAAUUAUAGGUAUACAUAUUCAUUAUCUAAUUUUAGAGCUGCUAACAUAAAGAUUCACCUAAGAUCAACAUCAAAUAGUGGAUAGUAUUUAGUUGAAGCAUUGAAUGAAUGA